AUGUCGUCGUCCAUUGAUCAACAAUCAAUUAUUCCGAAAAAUAAUCUUUAUAUCAGACAUAAUGAUAAUAAAUUAAAUACCGGUUUAUCAACAUCGACGAUUAGUUCUUCAUCAACGAGUAGUUCAAGUGAUGAUGAAUAUUUUCAUGAUGCAUCAGAAAUACCUGAAUCACUCUUAACAUGUACACAAUCGUCGAUCUCUAAAGAGAAUAUACACAAAAAUAUGGAACAACAACCGUGUACAAUAACAUUAAAUCAAACACAAGUAAAUGAUUUACAGAGACGUGAUAAACUAAAUUUUUUACGUUUACAAAGCGAAAAUGAUGAUCUAUCUUAUAGCCAAAUGCUUAAAUUAUUUCAACAAACAAAUGCAUUAAAUUCUGUUUAUUCAUCAUCAUCUCUUGAUACAUCAACGCCAGGAAGAUACAAUGGACAAACAGAACAGCAACAAUCUAUCACAAGAAAAUAUCCACCAGAUUUACUGAAAGAUCACAUCUCGAGUAGUGAUCAAAAACGGAAAAAGAGACAAGCCCCGUCAGCAUCCGCACAAAAUGGUAGUUCAUUGUCGGAGUCCUACAACAUGUCACACACUAAAAUAUGUUCAACCAAUGUUGAAUCUAGCACUCGCAAUAACAGCGACCUGUCAUUGAAUUUUUCUCCACGUUCUUCAACUCUAAUAAAUACGCAUAAUCUACUGAUCGAUAAGCAGCAUCCACAGCAACAAGAAAAUAAUUGUUGUCCAAAUUGUUACGCCUCUUUACCUUCUCCACAUUCGCAACAAACAUCAAGAUAUAAUAACUAUGCGACUUUUACGAAUCAUGCUUCUUCACUUUCGUCCCCAACUGACACUGUAUCAGGCAUCUUUUUACCACAUUUAGUUUUAAAUAAUAUUCAUCAGAGUAAUAAUUUACCAUUACAACAACAACAUUCAUUACCUGUUUCACCAUCGGAUUGCACAGCAUUACCUUAUUCGAAUAGAAAUUAUGGAGGAGCAUCAGCUUUAGAAUCAAGGAAAUUAACGUCUAUUACUCCAGCAGUUAGUUUGGAUACAAUCGAUUUUAUUACAAACCUUGAUGAACUAACGUCUGAUAGUCGUACAUCGAACGAUGAUGAAAUAAUGAAACAACCAAUUGCCAGAAUCUCAGAUUAUGGAAAAUAUGUAACACCUCAAGAGGCUGUGCCAGAAGAAUUUAUUAAUCCAAUGACAAUGCAAAUACUAAGAACAGUUAAUGCAAAUGCUAAUCCUAUUAGCUGCAGUACAAACAUGAAUAAUUCACUUAGAAGAACUUCAAUACCAAACGAUUAUCACAAUCAUCAUCGCAGUUCUAUUUCUUCUUCUAUCGUAAACAAUGAAACAAGUUCUAGUAAAGUAAGUAAUGACGAACUCGAUUCACUAUCGACAUCAUCUGACGGAAGUACAAAAUCCAGUCACGCAGCAGCUGCAUCAACAUCAAUAACCAAAGCACCACCAAAAGCAGUCAAAAGUUUAUUCAAAGGAAGUAAAAACCAAUUAUCAAAACUUGUCAAUAAAAAAUGGCCAGAGAUGCAUACAAAAGGAAAGAAAGGUAAUGGUGAAAGUGAACACGAAGAAUAUGAGAAUGAAAUUGAUGAGGAUAAAGAUGUGAUAUUAAAUGAGAGCGACGUUAAAUGCAAGUCAUCAAGAGAUCUGAGAGGUCAAACGGUAUUUGAUAAAACACAAUUGUUACAAACAAUAGUUACAGCGCAUAACGGUCCAAUUUGGUGUAUACGUUUUUCUCCGGACGGUCGUUUACUCGCAACUGGUGGACAAGAUAGUUUAUUGAAAGUAUGGAUGUUUAAACAAACACAUACACAUUUCGACCAAUAUUCUAAUACUAUGACAGAUUCAAAAUCAAAAGAAGCACAAACAUCAGAUACAUUAGCUCAACUUUUUCAUGAAUUUGACCUGAAUAAUCGUACAAUGACAACUGAGUCAAGUAUAAAUUCCAUAUCAGCCUCGAAUGAAAAUCAAGCACCAUUAUAUUCGAAACCAUUUUGUGAAUUAAUUGGUCAUCAAGCUGCUGUUCUUGAUAUUGCCUGGUCAAAAUCAUAUUUUAUGUUAUCGUCAUCAAUGGAUAAAACUGUUCGACUCUGGCAUUUAAGUCGAAAAGAAUGUCUGUGUUUUUUUCGUCAUAUCGAUUUUGUAUCGGCAAUUGCUUUUCACCCAAGGGAUGAUCGGUAUUUUGUCAGUGCAUCUUUAGAUGGACAUGUUCGUCUAUGGCAUAUACCAGAUAAGAAAGUGAUUUAUUGGAAUCAAAUACAAGCACAAACAAAUUCAACAUCAGCAACGAAUGGAAACUUGAUAACAGCAAUUAAUUUCUGUGACGAUGGGAAGAAAGUGAUCGUUGGAACAUUCGAUGGUCGGUUUAUAGUAUACACUGAUUCGUUAGUGUAUGAUACAGUGAUGAAUAUUGCCGAUAAAAGUAAUCGAUCGAGAAAGAAACGACGAAAACCAAGAAAAAUCACUGGUAUAGAAGUGAUGAAUUUAAACACGUCUAAAAUAUUAAUUACAUCAAAUGAUUCUCGUAUACGUCUAUAUAAUAUCAAAACGAAAGAAAUUGAAAGAAAAUAUCGUGGUUAUUCGAACAAUUCUAGCCAAAUCCGCGCAUCGUUUAGUCACGACGAUCGUUAUAUCAUCAGGUAAGAAAAAAUAAUCUUAAAUUCUAACACUUUUUGAUGUUACUAUGUAUUUUAUAGUGGAAGUGAAGAUAGUUGGUUCUAUAUAUGGCGAACAGUACCUAUGAAUGAGACUUCAAUAAAUAAGAAAUAUUCAAAAUUCACAAAAAAACAACAUCAUCGAUUUGACUGUGAACGAAUAAGAGG